UGCUUCUGAGUCUUGCUAGAGGUAAUGUGGUGUGUGAACAAGUGGUGCAAGUGACUGUACAGUAUACUUGAACAGAGGUACAGUAUCUUAAAGUAUUAAUACAGUAACUUGAUUAAGUGUGUGGCGAUGGAUACACACAGACACAAUACUGCAACCCAUUUGAUAUUAAAGGCCACAGCAAUAGUACAAAGUUAAGGAAAGGUGGUACCAGGUAGUAAGCAAGGUAAAUAUUGCUGGAACAAAGGUGGAUAUCUUCAAGGAGCAUUUAGAUAAGUUUUUGCAAGAAGUGCUGAACCAGCAGGGAUGUAGUGGAUAUGUGGGCCGGUUACCUUGCGAUGAUUUUUGGGCUCAGUGUGCCCGUGGCCCGGUCCCUGAACAGGCCUCCUGGUUGCUGGACUGGUCAACCAGGCUGUUGGACGUGGCUGCUCGCAGUCUGGCCGCUCUAAGCAACAGCCCGUUGGACGAAGUUAUUACAAGUUGAGCCUGACGGUACAAGAACUCUUGAGACCCUCGCCAGGUGGUAAUGAUUGUUGACUAAAAUACCAUGAGUUGGUUUGGCUCGGCCUCGGAGUGGAAGCAGGGCCUGAGUACCUCGGCACUCAGUAAAGUUGAGGAGCUAGAGAACCAGGUUGAACGACUGAAACGUGAGAGGAUACAAAAACAGAAUCAGCUAGAUUCUCUCCAGCAAACUUUAGACAACCAGAAAAGAAAGACUGAUGAUGGUGUGAAGGAGAAGCAAACAUUGCUGAAAGAGAUAGAACAGUUAUCGCGAAGCUGUGAGCAACUGCAGCUUCAGUUGCAAAAGGGUCAACAUGAUCACAUCACAUCUAGCAUUAGCCUCAUGCCCCUCCGCAAGACUACAGCCGUCGAGUCGUUGUCGUCGUCGUCGUCGUCGUUGUCGUCGUCGUGCUCAGGGGAGGAAAUGGAAAGCUUGCGGAAAAAAGUGGAGGAGCUGACGCAGGAGAAUAAAAGUUUACAUUCAAAGUUGUCUGACCAGAUGUUACAGUCUCAGAGCUUAGAUGGCCGAGUCUCUUCAUCAAGUUCUUCUUCAAUGGGAGAUGACGACAGGGAUUUCUGGGGAAGUUUUGAGAAAAUCAAUACAAGAAAUCAGCGCACACCGUGUAAAACUCCACGAAAGGCUAUAGAAACAAGUGAUGAGAACCCAUUUAAAACCCCUUUUGAAGGAUUACACUCUAAAGCAGGUGUUGCAGUGAACGAGGGGAAUCUCUUCACAGCUCCCACCCACCACCACUCUCACUCAUCUCUGCCUAGUGCUCCUCCGGCUCUAGCAAGUAAUGAUCACUAUACAAAGCAGUUGGAGAAAAUUAUUGAACAGUAUAAAAAGGAGAUAGAUGGACUCAAGUCGUCUAACUCGGCUCUGCCCGACAUCAGUAAACUACAAGAGGAGAUAACAUCUCAAGAAAAGACUAUUAAAGCGGCAAAUGAACAAUUAGCUACUUUCAAAUCCAAUUGUGAAGAAGCAACUGGAAAGUUGGAGAAAACGGAGCAGCGUCUACGAGCUGUGCAGAGUGAAUUAGACUGUCAGAGACACAACAGUGAAGCUGCACGCAAGAACCUGGAGGAGAAGUGGAAAGAGAGGGAGAGAGAACUCACUGGUGACAUGACCAGAGCACAGAAUGACAUGGCGGCCUUGGAACGUCGCGUAAGUGAACUCCAGACAAAACUCCAGCAACAGGAGACCUUGACCCGCAACACACAAAACUCCCUCCAGGCAUCUUUGGACAAAGCUCUGGCUCAGACUGCAUCAGUGGAGAAGGAUUGCAAGGUAGCCGAGAGUCGGAGCGGUCAGCUAGAGGCAGAGAUUGCCCGGUUAGAGAAGACAGCUGAAGAUUCGACCAAAACUCUUACUAUGUUGCGCCAAGAGAAGGAGAUGGCAGCUGCUCAGGUCUCAGGAUUGAAGGUGAAACUUUCUGCAGCAGAAUCUUCGAUAGACAAGCUGACAACGCGCUUAGAGUUGGCCGAGCAAGUGGCAGACAGCAGGAAGGUUUCACUUGAACAGAUGCAGGCAGAUAAGGACAAAGCUGUUAAAGAUGCUGAAAAUGUUGUAAACAAGUUAUCUCAAGAGAUGGGCCAACUUGAAGAUGAGCUGAAAGCCACAGUAGGGCAGAGAGACGAGGCAACGACAGCUCUCAACACAACCAAAGAACAAUGUGAAAGGAAGUUAGCAGGAAUGAAUGCAAUGGAAGCGGAGUUGUCAGAAGCGCGAGCCCAGGUUGCCAGUGUAUCUGCUGAGAUGGAGAGUGUUAAGGCUAAUGCUGCAUCAGUAGUAGAGUCCACCAAGGCAGAAGCUGCUAUGGAGAUACUUAAAGUCAAAGAAGAAACUGAAAAACAAGUGAGUGAAGCAGAGAGACGAGCCAAGGUUGCAGAGGAGGAGAAGUUGGAGGUGCAGAAUAAGGAGGAUAUUGCCCGCGGUGAGAGACUGGCAGCCGAGGUGUCAAAGUGGGAGCUGGAGGGAAUGGUAGACACACUCAGGGCAGAUAUUGCCCGCCACACUGCAACUAUUACUUCACUGAGAGCAGAGAUUGAAGUGGCGACGAAAGGAAAAGUUGAAGCAGAGGAACGUUUUGAAGAACAGAUAAGAGAGAAGGAAGGAAAAAUUGAUGUGUUAACAUCUUCAGUGGAAGAGAAGGAGAAGAGAAUGAGUGAGCUUGAGAAGACGUGCGAGGAGGUGGAGGUGAAGCUUGAGACACUGACAAGAGACAGAGAAGAAGGAGAGUCUCAGGUGAAGGAGCUGCAACAGCAGCAUGCUGAGAGUAUUGCAGCUCUUGCCAAGACUGUAGAGGAAAAGGAGCGAGCUUUAAUGGAGAGUAACGGCCAAGUGAACACCUUAACACUCAGAGUUGCUGCUCUACAGAGAGAGAAAAUGGAAGUCGUUGAUGAACUAGAUAAAGUGAAAGAAGAGAGGGAAGAAAAGUUGAAUGAUCUGCAGGUGGCACUUGUAAACGCCAUGACUGACUUGGAGACGCUGGUGGAUAAUAAGCACGCUCUGGAACUCAAGUGUCAAAAUAAUAAAGAAGAAUUUCUACAACUGUUAGCACAGAAAGAAAAGAUGGAAGUCAAAUAUUCAGAGGAACAAAAGCAGCAUGCAGAAAAGAUUAUAAAUUUGCAACAGAUUUUGGAAACAAAUGCAGGUUCUUUGGAAAAAAGUAAGAAGGAAAUAGAAAAUUUAAAGUUCCAACUUGAAAAUCAAAAGAUCGAAAAUAGUCAGUUAGCUGAACAUUAUAGUAGAAUAAAAAGUGAUAAUGAAGAGAAAUUGUCUAUUGUUCAAGCUGCUCUGGAAGUUGCAGAAAAUCAUGUUGGUAAUAUGAAGCAGCAAGUCCAGACCCUUAAUGCUCAGGCCAACGAGUUGAGUGUCACGUUUGAGAAGAAGGCCGAGGGACUCGUGCAGGAGAACUCGGACAUGCAGCUGGAGUUGGCAGAGCUGAAGUCAACUCUACAAGACCUCAGCAAUGAGCAUGAGGAUAAGUCAAACAAGUUAAUGGAAGCUGAGCAAGAGAUAACUCUGCUUCAAGCUAGUAUAGAGGAGAAAUCCUCAGCAUUUAAAGAGGCUGCAUCAGCUUUAAUAGAAAAGGAGAAUUUAGUUAAAGAAAAAGAGAUGGAGAUAACAAAUAUCAUUGCUAGAGAGAAGCAGCUGGAGAAAUUAGUCGACGAAGCGACUAAUAACUUGAGGGAAUCCAGAGGCGAGUGUGAAAUGUUGACAUCUUCCCUCAAGGAAACUGAAGAACAGUUGAGCCAAAGUAAGAAUAAUUCUCAACAGUUGAAUGAUGAAUUAGAUAAACUAAGAAAUAAGCUAGAAGCUACUGAUGAUGAAAUUCUUGCUCUGAGAGAAGAUAUAACCAAAAAAUCUCAAAAAUUAAGUGAACUAGAAGUUAAUGCAUUGUGUGCCAAAGAGGCUGUUGUCCGAACUGAAAAUCUGGAAGAAGAGUUAAAAACGUGGCACGAGAAACACCGGGAAGCUGUUGCUCAGUAUGCAGCUGCCGCGGCAGCGCUAACAACCAAAGAAGAAGAAUGUACGCAGCUUCAGGCAUCUAUAGUAGAGCUGGAAAAUAAUAAGAAUGCAAUUAUACAGUGUCUUCAAGAUAAGCAAUCACUUCUAAAUGAAGAAAAGAAAACUUUGCUGGAAAAGCUACACGAGGAGGAGGAGAAAGGUGCAAAUGCAUCUAAAACUACCUUAGAAGUUCAAAUGAAGUUGGAUGAGAAAUUAUCCCAACUGACUGAAUUGCAGGAGGCGUUAAGUGAACACCAGUCAACAGUUUGCAGAUUGAAGGAAGCAUUGUCGAGCCUUGAAGCCGAGAAGCAUCAAUGGCAAGAAGAACAGUGUUCGCUGAGAUCGGCUGUAGUUAACAUAGAACAAGCCAAGAACAAUCUUGAAUCUGAAAUUGAGAAUUUGUAUAAUGAUGCAAAUUUGAGAGAUGAACUGGAGAGUUUACAGGAAGUUAAUGCAACGCUGAAUAGCAGGGUCGAGGAAAUGGUUGUAACAAAUGAGCAGCUACGGUCAUCUCUGACGGAGACGAGCGAGGAACUGAAACAACAGAGAACAUCACAUAAAAUGGUGCAGGAUCAGCUGGAGCAACACACCAUGCACACUAAUGAAGUUAUUGGUAGUCUCACUGAGAAGUUGGCCACUAGCCAGAAGGAUAUUCAGUUGAAAGAAAGUGAAUGGCAAGAUCUUACUAAGCAGCAAGCAGUAUUGAGUCAAGAAUGCGAAGAAGCUAAGUGUGAGGUAGUGAAGAUGAAGGAACAGCUGGACACAGCCAUGAGAACAUUACAGACGGCCAAGAGUAGAAUGAUUGACAGCGACGUGUACGACGAGGUCUGUAAGGAGAAGGAGGACUUGAGGGAACGCAUUAAUGGCCUCCAUGAAGAAUACAUUAUGAUGACAAAUAAAUAUCAAAAAGAAUGUGAGAAAGUCGAGAGCUUGCAGAAGGACUUUGAUAAUUAUCGUGAUGCAAUACGGAUGAUGGGACACCAACAGGAUAACAGCAGAGACAACGAAGUGGCUGAGAUUCAAAAGGAGAAUGCUGAUCUCGUUGUCCGCUUGGAAAAAGUUGAAAGAAGUAAUGGAGAGCUGCAUCACACAGUGCGUAGUCUGAGAAGGAAGGAAGCGGAGUUGGCACUUGAACUGCAGGCAGCAAGGGGAGCUUCUGUUACAACCCCUUCCACUUCACAGGCUGAAUCACUUGAGGCAGCAAUGGUCAUUUCUCUCACAGUGACUCCCUCCACCUCACAGACCGAGUCGGACAGCACUACUGCCGAUUAUUUUGAAACCACGUGUAUGCAGGUGACCGAGGCCGAGUCUACUGUUGCCUCGCCACAACGUCGCGCUAUAGUUACGGCCGAAGAAUCGGAGACACUUCAAAUGAACUAUGAGACAAUGGACCCGGAAAUGUGUGACCAACUGAGUAGUGGUGUUGCUGAUGAACUGGUUGUUUGUGCCCUUAAGAAACAGCUUGGAGUCCUCAAGUGUCAAGCUGCUGCCAAGGAUUUGCUUCUUGAAGAAAUGAAAGAAAAUAUGCAAACUUUAAAACAAGAAAUUGAACAUCUGGCUAAUCACAAUCAUAGUCUUGUUGCCCAACUUGAGCAACACAUUGUUAACACCUCGACGAAGUCCACUGAUGAAGAGCAGAAAAUGUGUGUAGAGCAGCUGGGGAGCAUGCCACCUCUGAAGCAGCAGCCUGGAAGUGAAGCCGAGGACACUAAAGAGAAAUUAAACCAGGCCUUGUACGACCUUCGCAAGACCCAAGAGCAGAAUAAGCUGAACGGGGCUAUGGCUCAAGAGCUUGAAGACAAGGUGAACUCCCUUGAAGCAGAGCUGAAGGUUGCUUUACAGAAGAGAGAGCAACUUCAAGAGGAGAAUGUUAAGUUGCGGUCAUCUUUGAACGCUCAACAAGAAGAUGGCUGGUCAGACACACAGACAGAAUCAUCUUCAGCUGUUCUAACAAGAUUACAAGAGGAGAGGAAUGAUCUUCAAGAAAAGUACAACAGAUUGCAGGAAGAACUUGACAAGAUGUUAGAGAAACAUGAAAAUUAUAAUGUGGAGUUUGAGGAACACAACAAUAAAUCUGACGAGUUGGCCUUCUUGAAUGAAGAACUCAGUUCCAAAAAUGAUGAAUUAGCCUCCAAGAAUGACCUGCUUAUUACCAAGAAUGAGGAGCUCACAGUGAUGAUUGACGAAAUGAAGAACGAAGUAAGCGAACUUAUGUGCCAGAACAAUGUACUUAAAUCCAACACGGAAACUCUAUAUAAAAAGGAAGAAGAGCUCAUGACUGAAAAUGAGAACCUUACGGCUGUGAAGAGCGAGCUGGACGCCCAGAUCCAGGCCAUAUCGCAGAGACUGGAGGAAGUGAUGUCGGGAAAUCGAGAACUCGUUGCCACGAACACGGAUGUGGUUCUGCAGAAUGAGCAACUUCUAGCACAGAAUCAAAGUUUGCAGGCUGCACUUGAGAAGAACGCUUUGAAUAUAGAGGAGCUUGUAAAGUUGAAGGAGAGUGUGAAUAGUCUGAGGGAUGAGAAAAAUGUUUUAGAGAAAAAAUUGAAUGAUCUUGAUGAUUCUGUUUUGAUAAACACGCACUCUCAGAAUGCACUGCAAAAUGAGAAAAAGGAGCUUAUGGAUAAGGUUAAGGAGCUAGAGGAUAAGGUUAAUCAAAGUCAGAACAAAUGUAUUGAGCUUACAAAUCAAAUUGAAGUAUUGAAAGCUGAAAAGGAAAAAUUAAUUUCUGAUUCUGAUAUUAUAUCUACUGAGAAGAAAGAAGUUUUAGCCGCUUCUCAGGAACUAACUCUAAAGUACACCACCAUUGUUGCUGAAAGAGAUCACAUGUUAAAGGAAAACAUGAAAUUAUCCUCAGAAAAAGAGAAGCUGCAAUUGGAAAAGAAAGACAUCAUGAGCUACAAGGAAGAAUUACUUUCUGAGAAAGAAAAAUUGCAAUCCAAGCUUGAGCAUGUGGAGAAGGAAAAAGAUGAACUGCUUUUGGUAAAGGAGUCACUCGAGAAGCAACAAGAUCAGCUGAAGCUUGAGAGUGACUUGAUUGCCAAAGACAAAAUUGAAUUAGAGGCUAGAAGGGAGACGUUGGAGUCGAAGAUGAAGGAAAUGGAGAGAGUAAGGAAUGAGAUUGUCUCCGAGAACGAAACAUUGGUAAAACAAAAUGCCGAGUUGAACUCCAAAGUAAAUAUGGUGUUGAAUGAUAAGAUGAAUUUACUAUCGGAAAAAGAGGAAAGAGAAUCUGAGAAAGAUGUGAUCAUGAAAGAAAAGAAUGAAUUAUUGUCCGAGAAAGAGGCUUUACAGGUAGAAAAACAGGAAUUGUUAGCAGAAAAGGAGAUAAUCUUUAAUGAUAAACAGAAAGUGCUUUCAGAAAAUACUCGGCUACAGUCGGAGAAUGAAAGUAUUUUGAAAGAAAAAGAAAUCAUGCUCUCAGAGAGAGAGUUACUAUCAACAGGAAAAGAGGAGCUUCUCAAAACUGUUGAGGAUAUGACAUUACAGAAAGAAUUGAUGAUCUCUGAACAAGAAAAGCUUCAAGCUGAUAUUGUAAGCUUGGGUGAAGAAAAAGAUCAGAUCUUGUUAAAUAUGCAGGAAUUUAAAAUCAAAGUUGAACAGAAUGAAAUAGUUAUUGAUGAACUAAAUAAAACAAUUGCAAAUCUAACUUCUUCAAAGGAAAGUCUUAUGUCAGAAAAAGAUCAGUUAAUUAAAAUUAAGGAACAGCAGCAGCAAGAAAGGGAGAAACUUGAAACAGAGAUAUCCACACUACAUGGUCAAAUUACAAAUAUUUCCUCACAUAAAGAGAAUCUGUCAUCUCAAGUUACGCAGCUUCUUGCCAAUAAAGAGGACAUGACCUCAGAAAUUGAACAUUUGAAGUCUAACUCAAAGGACUUGCUUUCAGAAAAAGAUGAACUUAACAAGGAUUUAAAAGAGAUACGAACACACUGCAAAUUAGUUGAAGAUGAGAAUGAGUCUCAGAGAACAACUUUAGAGACUCAUAAGAUUGAGAUUAAAAACUUGCAAAAUACCUUAGAAGAUUUUAAGCAGCAGCAGCAGUCACACGAAACGGUGGUAGACACACUGAGAACAAAUUUGAAUACGAAGGCAGAAGAAACUACGCAAAUGAUCCAAGAGCUCAAAAAGGUGAAGGAAGAGCUUCAGGUCACACGAGGGGAGCUGAAAGUUACCCACACAAACCUUGCCAACAAAUUGAAUGAGACAACCAACCUAAUGGUGGAGAAGGCUUCCCUGGAAGUGGAACUGGCAAGUGUGAAAGACAAGCUGUCAUCAGCAGCAGACACACACAAAUCUCUUGCUGCAAAGGAAGCAAAGAUUGAACAGCUGCGGAAAGUACAGUUGGAAAUCCGCACCGAUUAUGACGCACUUCGAGCCAAAUUCACCCUUAAUGAGAAGAGUAGUAGAAAGAAAGAUAAAGAAUUAAAUGCAUGCAGGAUCCAUAUUACUAAUAUAGAAGAUGAAGAAAAGCAGUUAAAGGAAAAGGUGGAACACUGGCAGAGAAGAUUUAAUGAAAAGAACACGGAAGCAGAAGAACAAGCAUGUCAGAAUAUGGAGGUUAUGAAAAAGAUGCACGAUCUCCAAGAAGCAAAUGACAAUUUGAAAUCUAAGAUACUGCUCCUUCAAGCUCAAAUAAAGAAGUUGAAAUCUAAUAGCGACAGUAAAGAAGCACCUCCACAUGAGCCAAGUAGGCCGAAAAAAAGUCCAAGAGUGGCAUCUUGUAUAACAGUUUUACAUGCAAGUGAUCUUAGGAAAGAGAGUACAGACACUCAACCUUCUCAAAGAUCGGAUAGCCAAGAAAUUAUCGGCAAUUCACAACCUCAAGUGGACGUCAAUUCUUCAGUAUCUCAAAUGACUCGGCGUGCAGUGACGCGUCGGGCGUCGAUGCUGUCUCUCUCUCCUGGCUCUAGCUCCGUAACCUUAACAAACAAAGCCCUUAAAAACAGCCCUCCAGAAAGAAGUAUCACUAGAUCGCGCAGAUCCGCAGGUGCCAACUUGGAGGAGAAAGCCGUUCCGAAAGGAUCUCAAGUGAAUAAAAUGCAAACGAGGCGUUCCUACUCCCACAGCUCAAUUGGCACAACUUCCCUUGGAGAUGAUACCAUGAAGCAUUCCAUGAAAAGAGUCUUAUCAUCCACAUCUACAUCAAAAGACAAGAAGAAGCGUCGAUCGGGUACCACUGUUGUGCCCGAGUCACCAAGUUUUGUGGAAACACUCUCAACAAAAUUUAAGCAAGGCCUGAACUAUUUACCCUCUGAGGACGUAGAGAGUACUGGGGUUGUGCAUCGGUCAAACACCUUGUCCAAGAGGGCUGCUUCAAGGGAAAAGUUACAGGAUGGCGGACCUCUCAAGUCAUUAAACCCCAACAGUCCUAUCCGAGCCAGCAGUAGACGUUCUCAAAGUGUGAGGUCGUCAAGCAUCACCACUCGCUCCAGGGCUUCGUGCUCUACUGCUCGUGGAGAGGAAUGCAAAACACAGUGAUUGAUGGAAGCACAAAUGUUAUAUUAUUUUUGUACACUAGAAAAUGUAGUAGUUUGUGUAUGAGACUGCUUGAAAUUAUGUACCAGAGAUAUAUGUCAGUUGUAUUUUCCAUAAAUUUAUUUUGCCACAGAAGUAAAUAUAUGACUUUAAAUGAUCAAAAUCUGAAUUCAGUUUAGGAAUGUGAUACUGUAUCUGGAAAGAAUUCUUUUAUGAUUCAAAUUGCAUUAUAUUGUGAUUACUUUUCCUCCAGAACUUUUGGAAGCACUCAUUUUGUCUGGAUUAAAAAAUAUUAUUUUAGUAUUGCACUUCAAGAAUUGUUUCUAAAUAAGGAUUUACAGUAUUUUCAAACAAUUUAAUUAAAGUGUGUCAUGCUACUAGACUUCUAAACUGUAUAAUACAUAAAAAAAUGCAUAUUUUAUAUAUUUAAUAUGUGAUAUGACAUGGCUUGUGUAUGUGAAAUAGGUGCAUAAAGUACACCUCUGGUAAAACAGUGUGUGUUGAUAACGGGAGCAAGAUUUGCACACAGCAUUAGUGUGACACGUGCCUGGGGUGGUGAUGCUGACAUAUUCUUAUGUAGAAAUAUAUAUAUGGUGUUGAUGUAACCAUACUGUGUGGUGAGGAACACCACAGGUGUAAACUGCACUCUCUCUCUCUCUCAAGUUGCAACCGGUGACCACAACAGUAUUUUGUGCAUCUAUCAUUCUAUAACUAGAAUAUUAGGAAAGAGAAAUAACUAGAUUUUAGUUUUGUAAGUACAGCAAUUCAGGAAGAAUUGUACUGUAUGUUUUUAUUUCUUUAUAUACAAAAACUCAUGGAAAAACCUUACCCUCACAAAUACAUGUAAAUAUUUAUACAUGGUACCUCUUCUGUUCCUCUCUUUUGUAAAAAUAAAAUAUAUUACAAUUUAA